UUGGCGCUCCCCUCCUCCUAGAAAGACGACGACAUAGAGGAAGGAGACCUCCCGGAGCACAAACGGCCGGCGGCCCCCGUGGACUUCUCGAAGCUGGACCCGGGCAAGCCGGAGAGCAUUCUGAAGCUGACCAAGAAGGGCAAGACCCUCAUGAUGUUCGUCACCGUGUCCGGGAGCCCCACGGAGAAGGAGACGGAGGAGAUCACCUCCCUGUGGCAGGGCAGCCUCUUCAACGCCAACUACGACGUCCAGAGGUUCAUCGUGGGCUCGGACCGCGCCAUCUUCAUGCUGCGGGACGGGAGCUACGCCUGGGAGAUCAAGGACUUCCUGGUCAGCCAGGACAGGUGUGCGGACGUCACCCUGGAGGGACAGGUGUACCCCGGCCGAGGCGGAGGCGGCAAAGAGAAAAACCAGACCAAGCCAGGGAAGGGCAAGAAGAAGGGGGGAGAUGCGAAGCCUCGCGCCUCGAAGGAAGGCAACCGAGCGGGGAAGACGCGCGAGGACCUGUGACGGGCGGGCGGGCGUGGGGCCCACACCGCCUGGCAUUCUGGCUGCUUCUAGAGCCCGCACGUGCUCUGUCUGACCACACGCCCGGGCUGUGGGCAGUUAAGAAUUCCUGUUGGAAAGGCUGAGGGACGAAGACGGCUUUCGCAUUCUCCUUGGACACGGCCAAGGUCAGGUUUCCUGUGAAGUCGCCUUCGAUGGAAGCCGGACGGUGGCCUUUCCCACUUACAUGGAGGGGAGCCCCUGACCGCCGUCACCGCCCCCAGUGCUCCUGCUCCGGUCUCGUGUCUGUGCUUUGGGUUUUGUGCGUUGAUUUUGAGAGAGAAGGACGCCGGGUUCUAGGCAGACACGCUAAGACCUGACGUCAUUGAAUCGGCCUCUGCGCGCCACAGAAACGUCGCUUCGUGACUGUGAAGUGAACACAGGCCCCCAGGACAUGUGCACCCCCACCCCCUGCAGGAACCGCAGAGACGGGAAAUCCGGUCCCUCGGGGUCCCACGCAUUGCCUGGGAUUCCGGGACUCCCUCCUUCUCGGUUAGAGGGACUCUGGGUCCCUGCCCGCUGCUGGGGGCCGUGGGGUCAGGGUCCUGUCUGUCCCUUAUUCAGGAAGCCCCAGCGCUGGCUGUCUGCCAGGUGACCUGACCGUUUUAAAAGGGGUCACUCGGGAACCGGCGGCCCAGGGGCCCCCCCUCCUCCAUGUGUACACGUGUGUCUGAUGAAGUGCCUACAUGUGUGUGUGGUCCUCACGGCGCCCUCCCCGCUGGUGUCUGGGUGGGAGGGGCGGGGUUUACGCACAGGUGCCAUUUUUCAGAGCUGCAGUCGUUUGUAAACACCGUCCAUUGUGAUUUUAACAAAAUAACACACCUACGUGCUCAGAA